AGAUUUGGUCGUCACUCACGCAACUUCAGUGUCGUCUCAACUACAUGAGAUAUCCGAAUGAAUUAUGGCGAGCGCGCGCGCGCUGCUGGUGUUGGCGGCCCUGUGCAGCGCAAGCGGCGCCGGGCCCGGCCCUCCCUCGCCUUAUACGAUACAGUUCCAAUAUCCGCUGUACAAUGUGAGCAUACCGGAGAACAGUCCACCGCGCACGUACGCAGAACAGCCGCCCGCCUCCGAACCGCUUGGCCUACAUCUACCUGCCCAAAACAUAAAAGUGCGAUACCGCAUCCGCCACGGUGACCGUGACAAAUUCUUUAAAGCUGAAGAACGAGUCGUUGGCGACUUUUGUUUUCUAUCUAUAAGAACCCGAGUGGGACAUUCAGAUGUUCUCAACAGGGAGCGACGAGACUCAUAUCGUUUGGAAAUUCGUGCGACCGCUUUACUCCCCGACGGUCAGCAGUUAGAAACAGAUACUGUUGUCGCUGUUGAAGUUACGGACGAAAAUGAUCUCAGUCCUCUUUUCUAUCCAACUGAAUAUGAGGUCCAGGUUUCUGAAGAUACAUCACUUCACUCAAGUAUAAUAACAGUUUCGGCUGAAGAUGCCGACCUUGGUAUAAAUGGUGAAAUUUAUUAUAGUCUUUCUGAACCAACCGAUCGCUUUGCUGUUCAUCCGACAAGUGGAAUUGUGACAGUUACGAGGACUUUGUCAUAUGCAGAAAAUAAACGACAUGAAGUCACUGUUUUAGCCCACGACCGUGCCUCAUUGUUAUCUCUUGGGAAAAAUGCACCAUCUGCAAAAGCUUCACUAAUAGUUCGUGUCCAACAAGCGAAUUUAUAUGCCCCUGAAUUACAAAUUCGUAAACUACCUGAACUCCUAGAGAAUUCCACAGCUGAAAUAUAUGCAAUUUUACAAGUUACCGACCGCGAUGUUGGUGAGCAUGGUCAAAUUGCUGCUCUUGAUAUAGUAGACGGUGAUCCAGAUGGACAUUUUCGAAUACGCCCUUCAGUUCAAGCAAAUGAGUAUGACAUUAUAGCGCACGCAUUGUUGGAUCGUGAGUCCGCACCACAAGGAUAUAAUCUUACACUGCGGGCCACGGAUGCUGGUCAACCACCAAGAUCAUCCUACUUAACUCUACCAGUCACUUUAACUGAUAUUAACGAUAAUGCUCCUGUAUUUAGCAGAGAAGUAUACGAGGCUAGCAUAUUAGAAACAGCGCCACCAAAUACGCCUGUUAUAAGAUUAAAAGUCAGCGAUAGAGACGAGGGCCAAAAUGCUCGCGUUUAUAUUGAAAUAGUAGGAGGUAAUGAAGGUAGUGAAUUUUUUGUUAACCCAGAGAGUGGCGUCCUGUAUACAGCAGUACCUUUAGAUGCCGAGCAUAAGUUUCUUUAUACUCUUACAGUUUCUGCUAUUGAUCAAGGAAAUGCUGGAACUCGGAAACAAUCUUCAGCUAAAGUAAAAAUAUCAGUUUUAGACGCGAAUGACAAUGAUCCUGUUUUUGAAAAAGAAGAAAUGGAAGUGACCGUCGUAGAAAAUGGAGUUAGUGGGGCAAUUGUCGCCAGAGUUGUAGCUCGAGAUGCCGAUUCAGGUGAAAAUGCAUAUAUUUCGUAUAGUAUUGCAAAUUUACAACCAGUCCCAUUUGAAGUAGAUCAUUUUUCUGGUGCUGUGCGAACUACCAGAUUAUUAGAUUAUGAAAGUAUGCGUAGAGAAUAUGUUUUACAGAUCCGAGCAAGUGAUUGGGGUUUACCGUAUCGCCGACAAGCUGAAAUGCGAGUCACGAUCCGCGUAAAAGACGUCAAUGACAAUAGACCCCAAUUUGAACGCGUUGACUGCGUUGGUUACUUACCACGUCGGCUUGCCAUUGGCCACGAAAUAGUGACGUUGUCCGCAAUUGAUUUCGACUCAGGUGAUGUAGUCUCUUAUCGUAUUAUUGGCGGAAACGAAGAUAAUUGCUUUUCACUCGACACAACAACUGGAAUUUUAAGCCUUUCUUGUGACCUUAGCGAUAUUCGAACCGAAACUCGUGUACUUAAUGUUACUGCUACUGAUGGCACUCACUUUGCUGAUGCAGCUACACUUACAUUACAUCUGGUAGGUGGAAAUACGGUGGGUAGUAGCAGUGUUGAUUCAAAUAAUCUGGAAUGCCGUGAUACAGGAGUAGCAAGAAGGUUAACCGAAUUAUUAGCGGCUGCAGAGCGCAGCAAUGCUCCUCUAGACUUUACAGAGGACUUUCCUUUGGCGUCAUCACGUUUUGGUGAAAAUCUUCAUUUUCCUGAAUUCGUCGAUUUUCCCGUGGAAAUAAAAGUAAAUGAAUCUGUAGCACUUGGUACUUCUUUGGUGCGGUUACGGGCUAGAGACCGAGAUCUGGGAUACAAUGGACUUCUCGUUUUUGCAAUAUCAGGUGGAGAUGCAGAUUCUGCUUUUCGUAUUGACCCGGACACUGGAGAACUUAAAGUAAUAGGAUAUUUAGACAGAGAACGAGAAAGUGAAUAUUAUUUAAAUAUUACCGUGUACGAUCUGGGUCAACCGCAGCGGUCAUCGUCACGUUUAUUACCAGUAACAGUGUUGGAUGUUAAUGACAAUGCACCUCGUUUUGAGAAGACUUUAGCAAGCUUUAGAGUUACAGAAAACGCAAUCAAUGGAACAGCAAUAUUUCGAGCAAACGCAACCGAUCGUGACGGCGGUGAUUUUGGUCGUGUUACAUACAGUCUAAGCAGCGGCUGCGAGGGGGAGUUUUGUGUCGACAAACAAAGUGGUGUAGUGUUAGUGUGUGCACCGCUGGAUCGUGAACGGCAUGCGUUGUACGAGCUGACAAUUCGUGCCACUGAUGGUGGAGGACUGAGUGCUGAAGCUUUGGUGCGCGUUGCAGUUGAUGAUGUUAACGAUAAUGCUCCAAAAUUUGCACUUCCUGCUUAUAGUGCUCGUGUAAGGGAAGACGUUCCAGUCGGUACACUAGUAGCUGUACUGGAAGCGUUCGACCCAGACUUGGACGCAGGAGGCCUGGUCACCUACACGCUGCCUGAUCAAGAUGAUGUGGUAUUUACAGUUGACAGUACUUCAGGAACUCUACGUACUGCCAAGCGACUUGAUUUUGAAGAAAGACAGGUAUACGGAGUCACAGUACGCGCCACGGACAAUGGACGACCUGCGCUAUGGGCAGAAGCGACACUUAUCGUGGAAGUAGUAGACGUCAACGAGAAUUCUCACACGCCUGCUUUCAGCGACCGUCAAGUGCUUCGAGCGAGCGUGCCGGAGGAUGCCGCAGUUGGCACGCGCGUUCUUAACGCCGCAGCGACCGACGAUGACCCGCCCGGUCGAGACUCACGCCUCGCUUAUUAUAUAGUUGCUGGCUCUGGGAUGGCGCACUUUUCUAUUGAUGAUACAGGUGCUAUACGAACUCAAACCCCACUGGAUCGGGAGACGAUCCCUCAUUAUUGGCUCACAGUAUGCGCUGAAGACCAUGGUCUUGUGCCUCGCUACGCUUGCAUUCAGGUCUACAUAGAAGUGGAAGACGUGAACGACAUGGCGCCGUGGCCCGAGCAUGCGGAGUACUCGGUGACAAUCCCGGAGCACUGCGCGGCGGGCACGUUCGUAGCGCGCGUCACUGCGGUGGACGCCGACGACGCGCCCGAGCCGCCGCACCUGCGCUACUCGAUCGUAGCCGGCAAUCCUGACGGCCUGUUUUCUAUCGAUGAAAAUACCGGCGUAAUAGUGACAACGGGUCGCACGCUGGACCGCGAGGCGGCGGCGACGCACGCGCUGGAGGUGGCGGUGCGGGACGGCGCGCUGACCGGCUCGGCGCGCGUGCGCGUGGCGCUCGCCGACCUCAACGACCACGCGCCCGCCUUCACGCAGCGCUUCUACGACGUGCGCGUGCCGCAGCGCAACCACAACAUACAAGACGACGAAGCAUCAGCGGCCGAAGGAGAAGAGAGCAGUUCCGAAGGAGAUGGAGAAGGAGAGGACGACGAAGAGGGCUCCGGAACACGCCUGCACUGGGACGAGUGGGACGGGGACGAGAAGACGAUGGAACAUACCUACGUCACUACUGUGACGGCGCUAGAUAGUGACGCCGCAGAAAACGGCACGGUGCGCUACAGCUGGCGCGCGCGGGCGGCGGCGCGCGGCGCGCUGCGGGUGCAUGCGCGCUCCGGCCGCGUCUACUGCGCUCCGGACCUGCCCCUUGCCUCGCAUCUCGCAUACGAUCUCACCGUCCGCGCGUGCGACGGCGGGGCGCGCGCUCGGUGCGGCGUGUCGCGCGUGCGCGUGCGGGGCGCGGCGCGCGCGGGCGGCGGCGCGGCGCCGGCGGUGCGCCCGGGCGGCACGCUGCAGGCCGCCGAGCUCGACGCGCCCGGCUUCCUGCUGGCGCUGCUGCAGGCCACCGACGCGGAUGGCGAUGCGCUCUACUACGAUAUCGUCGACGGUGACCCCGAUCGAGAGUUUGUGAUUGGCCGUGAAGACGGGAGUCUCGUGCUAGCGCGGCGUCUCCUGUGGGAGCGGCGGCCGCGGUACUGUCUCAACAUCUCCGUCACUGAUGGACUAAAUACUGUUUACACUGCGGUGAACAUAACAGUGAUCAACGACGCGAACGAGGGCGGUGUGUCGUUCACACAGAGCGAGUACGUGGUGGAGGUGUCGGAGGCGAGCCGCGCGGGGCUGGCGCUGCUGACGCUGCGGGCGCGAGUGGGCGGUGCGGGGGGUGCGGGGGGCGCGGGGGGCGAGCCGCGCCUGCUGUACGGGCUGCACGCCGCGCGCGCGCCCGCCGACCUGCCGCUCUUCCGCCUGCACGAGCUCUCCGGCCUGCUCGAGCUCGCGCGCCCACUCGACAGGGAAAGCGCUGCAAUCCACGAGCUGACAGUGUGGGCGCGGGACCAGGCGCCGCGCGCGUCGGUCGCGUUCGCGCGCGUCACCGUGCGCGUGCACGACGCGGACGAGCACGCGCCGGAGUGGGGCCGGCGCCUGUGGGAGCUGCGCGCGCCCCGCACCGCCGCGCCCGGCACGCUGCUCGCCCCGCUGCGCGCUGCCGACCGGGACGCGCCCGACGCCGACGCGGGCGACUCGGCGCGGGUGGUGUACUCGCUGGCGGGCGGCGACGCGGGCGGGCUGUUCGCCAUCGACACGGUGCUGGGCGACGUGCGCCUGGCGCGCGCGCUGCCGUCCGCCGGGCCCAGCGACUACACGCUGCACGUGCGCGCCGCCAACCCGCCGCCCUCCGACAAGGCCUCCACCAUCCCGCUCCACAUUGUCAUCGUCGACCCCGACGACGCUCCACCUAGGUUCGUGUCGGACGAGGUCGUGUGCGAGGUGUACGAGAACUCGCCGCGCGGCACGCUGGUGGCGGCGCUGGAGGCGCGCAGCCCGGCCGGCGCCGGCGUGCGGUACGCGCUGCGCGGCGGUGCGGGCCGCUUCCGCCUCAACCCCGCCGCCGGCCUGCUCACCCUUCGCGUGCCGCUCGACUUCGAGGAGCGAGACACCUACAACCUCACCGUCACCGCUUACAACAUGGGUGGAGGCAGCGCCGAAGCGCGAGUCAUAGUUCACGUGCUGGACCGCAACGAAUUCCCGCCCGUGUUCGUACAACGUAACUUCCGCGGGAUCAUUUCAGAGGCGGCGGAGGAGGGCGCCGUGGUGUGGGACGCGGGCGCGGAGGCGGGCGCGCCGCUGGUGCUGCGCACGCGCGACGGCGACUCGCCCGCCAACCGCCAGCGCGCCUUCGAGCUGCGCCAGCCGCCCGCCGCGCCCGCCGCGCCCUUCCGCGUCGACCCCGUCACGGGCGCGCUGCACCUCGCCGGGAGACUCGACUUCGAGACGCAGCGGACGCACCGCUUCACUGUCAAGGUUUUAGAUAUGGGCAAACCGAGACUACCUUCGGACAGUAUAGCGCAUGUCACCGUCGAAGUUACGAAUGUGAAUGACUGUCCGCCGAACUUCUCUCAAGCUUCGUACGACGUGACCGUGUUGCUGCCCACCACGAGCGGCGUGUCCGUGCUGUCGCUGUCCGCCAGCGAUCCUGACGAACCGGACGCUCCAGAGAAACUCAGAUUCGACAUAAUCGAUGGGAACCCACAAGGCGCUUUCGCUUUAUCUUCCGUUGGCGAACUGAGCGUCGCCGACCCCGGCGUCCUUGACAGCGAACAUAAGCUACGGGUCCGCGUUUCCGAUGGAGUAUUGUCGAGCACGGCGCGCGUCAACAUAAAAGUCCGAGAACCGGAUAAUUCCGGGCUCGCCUUUCAAAAGACUGAUUACUACGCAUCGCUCGUAGAAAAUUCUACAAAACCUGUAACGAUCAUCGUGCUCAACGUCCUCGGAGCGGCGCUCAAUGAACAUCUCGAAUUUCGCAUUCUGAACCCGGUCGAAGGAUUCGAGAUCGGCGCGACGUCGGGCGCGGUGCGCAGCACGGGCGCGGCGCUGGACCGCGAGGCGCGCGCCGCGUACACGCUGCUGGUGCGCGCGCGCGGCGCGGGCGGCCGCGUGGCGCACGCGCGCCUCACCGUGGCGCUCACCGACGUCAACGACAACUGCCCCGUGUUCGUGGAGCGCCCUUACGUGGCCGCCGUGCUGGCCGGCGCCGAGCCGGGCACGCCCGUCUUCACCGUCAAGGCCGUCGACGCAGACGCCAACGAUAACGGCGAAGUACGUUACGAAAUGAAGCGUGGGCACGGCGAGCUGUUCCGCGUGGAGCGCCGCUCCGGCCUCAUCUCGCUGAAGCAGACGUUGGACGCACACAACCAGCUCUAUACGCUCGUCAUAGCCGCCUUUGACGGAGGCGUGCCGGCGUGCGGCGCGGAGGCGGAGGUGUCGGUGCGCGUGUGGGGCGGGGGCGGGGCGCCGCGCUGGGAGCGCGCGCACGAGGCGCGCUCCGUGCGCGAGGACGUGCCGCCCGGCGCGCCGCUCGGCCCACCGCUGCAGGCGCGCUCGCCGCUCAACCGCCAGCUCAUCUACACGCUGCACGACGCGCCCGACCUCUUCGAGAUACACUUCGACACCGCCCGCGACGGGGGGACUAGCCCGUGCACGCUGGUGGCGACGGGCGCGCUGGACUACGAGACGGCGCGCUCGCACGCGCUCACCGUGCGCGCCACGGACGGCGUCACGGGCGCCUACGCGGACCUGGCGCUCACGCUCACGGUGCUCGACGUCAACGACUGCGCGCCCGAGUUCGCGCAGGACGAGUACCGCGCGCACGUCUCGGAGGCGGCGGCGGUCGGCGACCUCGUCAUACGAGUCGCUGCGGCCGACCUCGACACUGGCGACAACGGCGAAAUAGUAUACACGCUGUCAGCGUGGGGCGGGCAGGGGAGGGAGGGGAGCACGGACGACGCGGCGCUGUUCGCGGUGGAGAGCGGGUCGGGCGCCGUGCGCGUGGCCGCGCCGCUCGACCGCGAGCGCCGCGCCGCGCACCACCUGCUGCUCACCGCCACCGACCGCGGCCAGCCGCCGCUCUUCACCACUGCACACUUGUUCAUUACGGUGGACGACGUGAACGACAACGCGCCACGCAUGGAGCGCACGGUGGUGACGGCGCUGGUGUCGGAGGAGGCGGCUCGCGGCACGGCCGUGGCGCGCGCGGCCGCGUGGGACCCGGACGAGGCGGACGCGCCGCGCCUGCGCUACGCGCUGCAGGGCGCGCCCGAGCGCCGCGCGCUGGCCGUGCAUCCGCUCACCGGCGUGCUGUCGCUCACCGAGCCGCGCGCCUGGAACGCGAGCGGCGCGCGCUCGCUCAACGUGUCCGUGUCGGACGGCGCGCGCGCCGCCUUCUCGCGCGUCAAGCUGUCGCUGGCGCCGGCCAACCGCGCGCCGCCGCACUUCCCGCACCUCGUGCACGAGGCUCGCGCUCUCGAGAACCAACCGCCGCCGCUGCUGCUGACUACGGUAAAAGCGUAUGACGACGAUGCCGGGGAAUAUGGCGUCAUCACCUAUUCAAUUCCAUCGGCGAAGCUACGUGAGACGUUCUCAAUAGAUGCCACAAGCGGCGCUCUCAGCACGCGUGUGCCGCUGGAUAGAGAGACGCGCGCUGAAUGGGAGGUGCCAGUGAUGGCGAGCGACGGCGGCGGGCUGGUGCGGCACACGGUGGUGCGCGUGCGCGUGGGCGACGCCAACGACAACGCGCCCGUGUUCCCGCUGCGCGAGUACCGCGCCGCCGUGCGCGCGGACCGCGCGCCGCUCGCGCCCUUCCUCACGCUGUCGGCCGGCGACGCCGACGCGGGCGAGAACGCGCGCCUCGUCUACUCGGUGUACGAGGGCGAGCUGCGCUCCGACGCCGCCGGCCUCUUCGCGGUCGACCCGCUCACUGGGGCGCUGUCGUUUGCUCGCAAUGCGUCCGCAUACGCGGGGCGCACGCUGCAGGUGUGGGUGCGCGCGCGCGACGGCGGCGGGCUGUCGGGCGAGGCGGCGGUGGGCGUGGCCGUGCUGCGCGCGGGGCAGGCCGCGCCGCGCGUGGCGCCGCCGCCGCCCGACCUCUUCCUGCCCGAGGACGCGGCGCCGGGCACGCUCAUCGCCGAGCUGCGCGCGCCGGCCGGCCCGCCGCCGCGCCUGCGCCUGGCGCCGCCCGCCGCGCGCGCCGAUUUGUUCGCGCUCGACGCGGCGGGCCGCCUCGUGCUCGCCGCGCCGCUCGACCGCGAGACGGCGCAGGAACACGUCAUAGGCAUAAUAGCGGAAGACGAGGGCAGUCCAGCGGUGGGCGUGAUGGUGACGACGCGCCUACACGUGCUGGACGUCAACGAGUUCGCGCCCGAGUUCCACUCGCAGCCCUACGUGCUGCACCUCGCCGAGAACACGCCUCCGCACUCCUCCAUACUGCAACUGAUGGCGGACGACCCGGACUCCGGGUCGAACGGCGAGGUGCGCUUCUCGCUGGUGGAGGGCGCGGAGGCGGUGCCGUUCGCGGUGGAGGCGCACAGCGGCUGGGUGCGCACCACGGCGGCGCUGGACCGCGAGGCGCGCGCCGAGUACCGCCUGGCGCUGCUGGCCGCCGACCAGGCCGCCGCGCCGCGCGCCGCCCGCGGCUCGCUCGUCGUGCGCCUCGUCGACUACAACGACUGCCCGCCGCGCUUCACGCAGGAGACCUACACCGCCGAGGUUCGCGAGGACGCGGCGGCGGGCACGGUUGUGACGCGCGUGCGCGUGCGCGACGCGGACGUGGGCGGCGCCGCGCUGGCCUUCUUCGUGGCGGGCGGCGACCCGCGCGCGCGCUUCCAGCUGCGGCCCUCGGGCGAGCUGUUCGUGGCGCGCGCCCUCGACCGCGAGACCGAGCCCGCCUACUCGCUGUCCGUGGCCGCCACGGACGGCAAGUUCACCGCCUUCGCCGCCGUGCACGUCGUCGUUCUCGACGUUAACGACAACCCGCCGUACUGCGUGCGGCACCGCAUGCGCACGCGGCUGCGCGAGGACGCGGCGCGCGGCGCGCGGGUGGCCGAGCUGCUCACGCGCGACGCCGACGAGCCGCACAACGCGCGCUUGCGAUACUUCCUCACCGGAGACUACGCUGACCAUUUCGCCAUCAAUAAAGAAACAGGGGUGAUAACGGUUGGAAGCGAGCUGGACCGCGAAAGUGUUCCGCGCUAUCGGCUGGUGGCGCACGCUCAAGACCGCGAGCGGACCGACUGGGCGUGCAGCUCCGACCUCGACAUCGAGCUGGACGACGUCAACGACAACGCGCCGCGCUUUUCCGCUUCACUGUAUAGCGUCACGCUACCCGAAGACGCAGAAAUCGGCACUCUAGUUGCGAAGGUUCACGCGUCCGACGCCGAUCUCGGAGAGAACCGUCUCGUUAGAUAUUCUUUCGUGGAAGAAAACGAGUCGUUCGAUCUCGCGGCGGAGAGCGGCAUCAUCACGCUGCGCGCGCCGCUGGACCGCGAGACGCAGGCCGAGCACCGCGUGGUGGUGCGCGCGCGCGACGCCGGCCGCCCGCCGCGCUCCGCCACCGCCACCGUGCAGCUCACCGUGGCCGACGUCAACGACAACCCGCCCGAGUUCGAGUUCCGCAAGUACGAGGCCACCGUGCCCGAGAUCGACGCGCCCGGCACCGAGGUGCUGCGCGUGCGGGCCACCUCGCGCGACACCGGCGUCAACGCGGACGUCUUCUACUCUCUGGUGGGAGGAGACGAUAGGGACGAUUUUGCCGUAGACCGGACUUCCGGCGUCUUGACGGUCGCGCGCCCGCUGGAUUAUGAACGUCGAAAAGAAUACUAUCUGACGGUGCAGGCGGUGGACGGCGGGGCGCCCCCCUUGAGCGAUCACGCCACCGUCAACAUAACCGUGAGCGACAGCAACGAUAAUGCACCCGUUUUCUCCCAAUUGUCGUACGGUGCGCGGGUGAAAGAAGACGCCUCGCCUGGAACGCACGUGCUGCAAGUGAUCGCUAAUGACGCCGACGCCGGAGACAAUGGACGCAUCGCGUACUCGAUUACCCGCGGUGAUAAAGAGGGCCGUUUCACUAUCGACGUGGACACUGGCUACGUUUCUGUACUCACUCCGCUUGACCGAGAGACUACUCCUGCCUAUAUUUUAGAAGUACGCGCAAGAGACCGUGGUAUCCCUGCCUUAGAGUCGACUUCACUAAUUAAUGUCGAGGUCAUGGAUGCAAAUGAUAAUCCACCUUUAUUCACUCAAAGUAAUUACACUGCUGUGGUUCAAGAAGAUAAACCGUUGGGUCAUCCGAUACUUAAAUUUAUAGUCAAUGAUGCCGAUGCGCCUCCAAAUGGUUCACCGUAUACUUUUGAUUUUCAAUCUGGUAAUGAAAUAGGUGCUUUUAGAUUAGAACAAGACGGCUAUUUAAGAUCCGCGACACGAUUUAAUCAUCGCAUUAAAGACCACUAUGUACUACAGGUGCGGGUAUUUGAUAACGGAACUCCACCUCUCUAUUCAGAUGCGUGGGUGUAUAUAAAGAUAAUCGAGGAAUCUCAAUAUCCGCCCGUGGUCACACCUUUAGAAAUCAUCGUUAACUCGUAUCUAGAUGAAUUUCCUGGAGGCGUUAUCGGAAGAGUAUUUGCAUCGGAUCGUGAUGCAUAUGACACCCUGAAAUAUUCAUUAACUCCCAUGGACGGGGCGACCUACCCAAUCAUAGAUCUUUUUGAAAUCGAUCACAAUGACGGCACAUUAAGGGCGGCUCCCCGCUUAGAUAUAGGUGAUUAUCGACUUAACGUCACAGUGGAUGACGGAAAAUUUAAAGGUUUCGCUAUAGUUAAAAUUUCUAUCCUUUUAAUUUCUGAUGAGAUGCUUGCACAGGCUGUCAUAGUACGGUUUCGUGAAGUGACCGAUCGUGAUUUUAUUCUGAGCCAUCGUAAAGGUUUUAACAAAGCUGUUAGAGAAGCGACUGAAUGUCAACCUGGAGAUGUAUUCAUUGUAAGCGUGCAACCUUCCGAAGAAGAAAUUAAAACACAUCCAAGGCGAGAGAGAAGACAAAUUGCCCAAGAUUUAGACGUCGCUUUUGCGGUCCGUUCACCAGGCAUCGAUGGAUUCUUACCGGCUGAUACCUUGCGCCGUCGUCUUCACGCUCAUCUUGAAAGACUAGAAGAGAGAACACGACUAGUGGUAGAAGAAUUGGUCCGUGCUACUUGUGGCGGCUGCGUGCACGGUGCGUGCGUGGAACGCGUGGAGCUGCAAGCCGCCACCCAGCGCGUUGUCGCCACAGAUGUCAUAUCUCUCGUCGCGCCAGCACAUCGACUACGCGGCGAGUGCUCUUGUGCGAGAGGCUUCACUGGAGAACGUUGCGAGAAUAUCGCAGUCGACAGCGUCAGGGCGUCCUGCGAGUGUGGAGUCCGAUGCGACGCUUCAUCUUUGCCGCCGGGCUAUAAAUGUUGCACCGAUCUAGAGUGCGAUAUUCCCGCUCCAAUAGUUCAACUGAACGGCGACGGAUACUUAGCGUAUCGUUUAGAAAGAGGAGUGGUGGAAGGAGCCCGCCUACUGGACGAUGAACUGAUUUUAUCUUUGAGAUUUCGCACUCGAUCCGCUCGAGGCACGUUACUGUGGGCGGCGGGCCGCGUGGACUACUUAGUGUUAGAGGUGGAGGACGGCCACGUACAGGUCCGCAUGGAGCUAGGCGCGGGCGAGGCGAGAGCGCGCGCAGGCGGCCCCGUGGCCGACGGCGCGUGGCACGAGGCGCGCCUGGAGCGGCGCGGCGCCGCGCUGCGCCUCACGGUGGACCGCCGCUCCGCGCACGCGCAGGCGCCGCCGCCCGCCGCCGUGCUGGACGUGCGGGCCGACCGCCUGCUGCUGGGCGCCUCGCUGCAGAGACACGCCCAUGCCCUGGCGCCAGAACAGAUUACCUAUGGAUUUUACGGAUGUAUAACCGACCUGAAACUCGGCGGCUCGGGGCUACCCGUCGAAGAAGGCGGCACCUCUUCCGACGGACGAGCGCAACUAUUGAGACGAGUACGUGCACGCGUCGGCUCGUCGUGCGCGCCGCUCCCGCCCCCCGGCCCGUGCGCGGCUCAGCCUUGCUUCAACGGCGGCACGUGUAAAGAGGCCGACGAUUUCCUCGAGGACGGGGUCAAUCACGCCGGGUACACGUGCGCGUGUCACGCGCGCUUCGUGGGGCGUAACUGCGAGGUGGACACGGACCCGUGCGCCUCGCAGCCGUGCCUGCACGGCGGCGUGUGCACGGCGGCGGGCGAUUCGUUUCGCUGCGCGUGCGGCGCGGGGCUGGCGGGCGCGCGCUGCGAGCGCGGCCGCUGGUGCGCCGCGGGCGUGUGCGCGCACGGCGGCGCGUGCGAGGAGGGCGAGUGGGGUCCGUCGUGCCGCUGCCGCGGGUACUACGGGCCGCGCUGCCAGUACGACGUGGACGAGUGCGCCGGCGAGCCGUGCCUCAACGGAGCCACUUGUCUCAACGAACCCGGUUCCUUCCGCUGUCUUUGUCCACCAGAUAAAACAGGUAUGAACUGCGGCAACCCGCUGUACUCGGACGCGGUGAUGGCGGGCGAGGCGGGCGAGUCGGGGGCGCGCGCGCUGCGGGACGUGUGGCGCUGGGCCGUGCGCGCGCGCUGGCCGCUGGGCGCGGCGGCCGGCGCGCUGCUGCUGCUGCUGCUGCUGGCGCUGCUGCCGGCCGCGCUGCGCCGCGCCCGCCCGCGCGCGCCCUCCGCGCCGCUCAACAGCGCGCUGGACAAGCUGCCGCCGCGCGCCUGCAAGCUGUCCAACCUGGAGGCCGUGCGGCGCGAGCGGCCCGCGUCCUGCGCCGACCCGCCGCCGCUCAACAACAUCGACACGCUGCGCUCCUACGGCUCCGCGGGGGACGAGCUCGAGGGGAUCCCGCCCGAUUACCUGCGCAACCUCAACAUCGACCACGACCGAAAGCCGUGGUCCGAACAGAUGCAUCUUCAAACGUUCGUGGACAACAAAAUUUAUAAUGAUUUGAAGAGUUGCAAGCCUCGCGUGCGCGCCCCGUCGCCGGCCACGGUGCGGCGCGCGGUGGGCGCGGUGGGCGUGCCUGGCCCGGGCGGCGACCUGGUGGGCGGCUACCACUGGGACUGCUCGGACUGGUGCGGCGGCGGCGGGCUGCCCGGCAUCAGCGAGGUGGCGGGCUCCGAGCGGCCCGACUCGUCGUCCGCGCCCUCGCCCCCCUCGCCGCGCUCCCCGCGCUCGCCCCGCUCCGCGCGCUCGCCCCGCGCUCUGCCGCUCGACACGGACUCCGCUCCCGAUGAUCUCGAAACGCAGAGGUUCACGGACGCCUCCUCUUAUUUGCUGCACCCGGACGAGUACUUACCGGUGACGGACGAGGACGCCCUGCGCUGCCGGUCGCUCCGGGACACGGACGCUCACAGCCUCAUAACGAUGCUAGAGGAACGACACUCGUUGCUCGGCCGCGGAGGAUCGUGCAGCGACCUGUCGACCAACCUGUGCGAGAUCGAGGAGUCCGAGGGCGAGGAGUGCGGUGCGGGCGGUACGGGCGGUGCGGGCGGUGCGGGCGGUGCGGGCGGUGCGGGUGCGCGCCACACCGACGUGUGACGGCGGCGCGCGGCCCGCGAGCCCGCGCCGCGCUCGCGCGCCCUCUAGCCGCCACCCCCGCGAUCCACCGAGACAUUGCCACGGUUGCGACUGUCCUAGACUCUACAGUUCAUUUUUAAAACGUAAAAUAGCACUGAAUUCCUUGACGAUUCAAAUUUCCAACGUUAAUUGUAUUUUCAUAGUAUGUUUUUUUAGUUAUUAGAUAACCUGACUGGUCCGUUUGUAAAAUUGUCAAAAAAAAAUUAUACAUUCCGAUGAUCUAAACCCGUGGUAACCUGAGUAGUGAACGAUGUCGACGUUUUAUGUUUGUAUAUACUCACUUUAAAUGUACGGCGUAUAUUAAUAAUUGUUCGUGAAGUGAUCGCGAAUAGGGAUGAUUUAACUUUGUGCCGUGUACGUGUUUGUGUGUCGUUUCACGUGCGUCUCCGGCGAGUGAACACGCUCCACGAUGCAUUGCCUUUUGUGUAUGUAAUAUAUUAAAAUAAGUUGUACAUUCAAUAGGGCGGUUCACUGCCUCGACGUGACGGAGACCCCGUGUGUAUGUGUGUAUCGAAUGAUGACUUGUACAUAAUUAUGUCUGUGUUAUUAGGAAUGAUGUAUGUAUAUAAUGUAGAUAAUGCAUGGGAAAAGCGUUCUCGGCGCCGAGAGAGGCGGGCGGCGAGCGGUGCGCGAGCUUGCGACCGCAGCGCCCCGCGCCGCCGCGCCGCGUCGGAGAACUAAAUCGAAAUGGUGCUCUGACUAUAGUUUUCAUAUCAUAACUUUAAAUGCAUUUACAGAACUCUAUCCUUGUAGGCUAGCGUAUUGUUAAGGAUCUAUUUUUAUAUGUGUACAGUGGAGCGUGCGGCGGCGAGCUGACUGACCGCUACGAUCGCCGCCGACGCGCUCGAUUUGUUAAUGAGCAAUCGUUCGCGACUAUUGUACGAAUUAUAAUUUAUUUUACGAAUGUUGCGUAAUUUUUGACACGACUAAUAAAAAAAUUGAAAUUA